AUGGAGAAUCUGCAAGAAUUUACUUCCACGUUCGAGGCUACGGUCGGAUCGUACUUCCCAGCCAAGCAGCCAUAUAGCCAAGUUCAUGUACUAUGUGUACACUGGGAGAAGAACGACAUAUUUCCAAUCUCCGAGAUAGAGAGACUGCGAGAGUGUCUUGAGGGCAGAUACGGAUACAAAGCAGCUACCUUAGCGCUUCCGAAUGACGAUACCCGAGAGUUGCGCCUCAUCACGGAGAUCGUCGACUUCGUCAAACAGUACUCUACAGUCGAGGAUUCUCUGAUCAUCUUGUUCGAAGAGGGCGGGCCAACAGUACAAUGGCACAUUGUGCAGCAAUUACUGUUCGCGGCCACUGGUGAUGUGCUGCUACUCCUCGACUGCUGCUUUGCUUCCCUGAUCAAGAAAGGACAAAAGAACAAGGGCAGGUUCGAACUGAUAGCGGCAUGUGGAAUGAACGCUUGGACACCAGUUCCAGGCCCGUUGUCCUUCACCAGCCUGCUGAUAAGCGAACUUCCGGAACAUGCAACUGAAGAGACACCGGUUCAUCACGAUUUCGCAAGAACGAAGCAAACAGGCAUCAAACUCCAGCACCUUGAUGAUCUGAGCCAACCUAGAUUUAUGCAGAAGCCAACCGGUUAUGUGAUCUUCCGUGCAUCGCUAUCAGAUGACCCUAAAGGCCGUGAACUUGCAGAGUGGUUGAAGACAGCGCCACCAAAUAACGUAACAGCCAUCCAUAUUGAAGCCAUGGUAGCUAACGCUCGACGACUACAAAAUCUUGUGGGCUUUGUACAGGGUACUCAGGAGAUGUUUGUAAAAGGUUCUGUCUUUGAGAAGCUGUCGUUUCCAGCCAAACAGGAGAUUGUACGAGCCUUUCGAAACCUGGACACAACUUUGAUGACAUCAUCCCGAAUGGCUGAUGACGCAGGUCUUCGAGGCAAUAGUGAGGCAGUGAAGGGCGCAUUGGAAGGUAUACAGAGUACACUCAACGCUGCAUGUGCGGCUGUCGAGACGCCAGUGCUCACUCAGCUUGGGCAAGGAGACUUCCAGGAAGCAUACAAGAAUGAGGUGGUGGCCAGCACCGGAACUAGUGCUGCCAUCUCGCUGUGUCAGAUGUAUCAUGGCAUUUACUCUUCGCCGGAAAAGAAAGAGAUCAGUCGAGAUUUGGUCAUCGUGCCAGCCAAGAAGGAAAGGAUAGAGACUGGCACUAUCGAUGGCAGCACCGUUAUCGUUGAGACUUAUCAAUAUGAAGAGGAUCCAUCCACGUCAAGACCGUAUGAGGAGACUCUGGAACAAGUUCAGAAGAUGGCCUCCAUACUCUGCCACCCCAAGGCUAGUACCCUCCACGUUCUUCCAUGCCUCGGCUUUUACCACAAAAAGGUCGAACAUUCAUUUGGCGUCGCUUUCCGCGCACCACCUUAUUUCAAUCCUGAGAAGAAACCCAUCACGCUGCUGAGUCUGUACAGUAAAGAAAAAAGGGUGGCGCUGAGUCAUCGUAUUUGCCUGGCGGCUAAGUUGGCAGCGGCACUGGAUGGAUUCCACACCGUCGGAUGGUUUCACAAGGGGUUCCGGACUGAAAAUGUUAUGUUUUUACCAAUGGAAGCUCCACGCAAUAACAUCAGCGCAGAGCCGGUAGACAUUGCGCCGACGUUUGUUGCUCAGCAGGGUUCAAUCGACAUGUCCAAUCCAUACCUAUUUGGAUUCGAGUACAUGCGUAUGCAGGAUGCUGGUACCAAUCUGGAAGCCGAUGACUCACUAGAACGUGACCUGUAUCGCCACCCGGAUCGUUGGGGUAAACCAAAAGUAAGGUUUGAGAAAGCUCACGAUGUAUACGCACUGGGUAUUAUCCUGGCAGAGAUUGCCUUCUGGCAACCCAUUCAAAAGAUCGUAGAGGUACAGGAAACAGAAGUGCUCAGGCGGUCAUUAUCAGGUGCCGAGGUAUUGAAGCGUUUGCAAAGUAAAUGCAACUCGAGGCUUCCCCACCAAGUGGGCCACAUGUUUCAUACAACCGUUAUGGCAUGCUUCAGUUUCAAGAGCGCUACAGUACAGAUGGAUGCGUACGAAACGCAAAAGUACUAUCAAGAAAACAUCAGAACGAGACUUGAGGCAGCAGUAGGCAAGGUCUGA